AUGGGUAAAAUCACCAAGACGAUGCAAUCCAAGCACCGGGAGAACCUCGACUAUGUUCUCGCUGCAGCUUCUACUCCGUUGCCGCUCAUUCCCGGAAAGCUUGACGAAUUUCCGACGAGAUGGCCGUUCCCACGUGGCGAUUUGUAUCACUGGAUUCCUCUCCUCAACCGGUUCGACAGCGUUCUCGAGGCGUAUUGCGCCACAUACAAACUACAUGAAGGGUUUCAGAUGCGGGAUGUUGCGUGCGAUCUACUCUUGAACAAGGGUGCGCCGGUGGAAUACGCGGAUGAGCAAGCCUAUAGCAAAGAGCGCCUGGUGCAGCUGGGAUACAAGGAGGACGGAGACCGCCAGCUCGUGAUUUCGAUCCUCACCUUCACCAAGGUGCUCUUGCAGCACUGCGGCAACCGGAGCAUAUAUGCCAGCAGUCCGCACUUGAACGACCUUCUUAAUGCGACCGACCUUACCAUCGUCUACGCGACCCUUGAGGUUGGCCUAGAGCUUGCGCAACGCUACCAGGCUUCGAUCAAGCGCGUGGGCACGCCGAAUCGGCAAGUGAGCAGCGCCUUGCUCGCGAACCAUUAUAACAUUGAUCUCGAAAGGGUGCAAUAUCUUGCUCAGCCUUUUGUCAAAACCCCGGUCUCACCAGGUCCUCGGCUCCCGGACCUUCCGCCCACGACCCCAGGUUCGGCAAGCAAGGGCAAAGAGAAGGCGUCCACCACGAGCCAUCGAAAUGCAGCAUCGGUGUAUGCCAACGACCUCAACGCGAUCUUCGCUCCUUGCUCAGCCGACGAUGAGCGUUGGACUGGUUGGGGGGAUGUCAAGGUCAUUUACUAUCCGAAGGCGGAGCCCUCUAGCGCCGUCGCUCCGGAAUCUCAGGCUGAGGGUGGUUCGUCUUCGUCGGUCCCGGCAACGCCCACUCCACUCCGGCGUAGCUCGACCAGCAUCUCUCAGACCCCGCGCUCGAGGGGCAUCCCUGCCGCCGAAGAUAGCCCCUCAGGUCGGAGCCGUGGACCGAGCGGUGAUGGUCACGUUGCUUCGGGUCCCAAGUCGCUCGAGUUGCGCCAGACCACGGUGCAAUCGACGCCCAUCUAUGAGCUCCUCAAACUCUGUCCGACCGACAUGCCCAAGGUUGUGCGAUACGAGUUUCUCAACCGGUUAAGAAUAUGCAAAGCGCUUUUGGGGUCGUCCGAGGAUCGACAACUGGCCUUGUCCGUCCGUCUGCUCGCCAUCACCAACCUUGCAUACAUCCACCCUGAGACAACGUUCAUCGAGAAAGUCCUCAAACAGGAUAACGACGAGCCACGCAGGUACCAGCUUGUGUACCAACUCGUCGAAUUGGUCCAUCCUUCCGUUGAUGGAGCCCCCGAAACGCCGCUGCGCCUGCAGGCCAUCGCUCUUGCAGCUUUGGAGUCCAUCACUGCCAUGCCGGUCAAGUAUCCGGAGGUUGUAGCAGCGUUGAAUGCAAACGUUAACCACGGCAUUUUCCUGUAUCUCAUCAGGAAGGCAUUGGCAAGCAUGAAGGAGGAUGCCGAUGAGUUGGAUGACGGGAAGGUGACUGAUGCCGACCAAUGGCGCGGGAGUCUCUUCGCCUUGACUUUGCAAAUGGCCAUGGCUUCUCGUAUAGGACACGAGAUGUCCUCCGCCGGGUUGCUCGAAAUCAUGGUCGACAUCCUCAACAUCCGAUCCAAGACGGCGACCCGCAAUUAUAGUAUGGUUCUUGCGUUUUUGGACACCAUCAUCUACGGAUUCAACGGCGCUUUCACCGUGUUUAGCAAUGCCGGCGGUCUUGAUGCCAUUUCCAACCUCAUCAUCGACACCGUCGCCCGCUCAAAGGAGCUCGUCGCGGCAGGCCAGGGAAUGAAGCCCGAGUUCCACUCCCACACGGUGGACUACCAGAUUCCGUUCUAUCAGCAACAGGCGCUCAAGUGGCUUCUCAAGUUCAUCCACCACAUAAUGACCAACGCCUUCUCGUUCGGCACAAACAUCGACCGACUUUUGAGGAAUUUGGUAGACAACUCUGCCCUGUUGGGCAGCCUCCGCGCCAUCACUGAGGAUAUGCAUGUCUUCGGCUCUUUGGUCUGGACCAAUGCUGCUGGUUUAUUGAGCGACUUUAUCAACAACGAUCCCACUAGCUUCGCUGCCAUCUCGGAAUCGGGAAUGGUCCAGAGCUUCCUCGAGAUCCUUACUGGUAAAACUGUCUCGCUGCCCAAGCCUUCAGGAACACCUAAACCCGAGCCCGAGGGGGGGGAGGGUGCAUCACCGGCUUAUGCUGACGAUUCGGUUACCUUGGAUGCUGACGAGCGGCCACACCCCCCGACACAGGAGACGCUCGACGCACCUAGGGAACGCCUUGCCCCUGGCAUCCUUGCCUCCAACGACGCCAUUAGCAUCAUCCCCUCCAUCUUGAACUCCAUCUCAUUGAAUAACUCUGGCAGGAAGAUGAUUAUAUCGUGCAAUGCCUUCGGGGUCUAUCUGGAGAUCUUCGAGAGCCCGCAACAUGUCCAGGCUUUGUCAGAAUCGGACUUGGCCAAUGUCGUUGGUGGUAGUUUUGACGAGCUCGCCCGUCACCAUCCGGUCUUGCGGCCAGCCAUAUCCAAUGCCAUCCUUGAUAUGGUGGCUCGCGUCCUCCAUCUUGCGAAAAACAAGGCCGCUAACGCAGGGUGGGGUGCGAAGGUCUCGGUUGUCGACUCGAGUGGUAAGGUCAUUACCGCAGAUGACUCUUUGUUGACGGCCGCAGAAUCGCCGGUUGUUACAGCCAAAGGAAAGGGGAAGGCUACCGCAGAAGACACCGAUGUUGAAAUGAUUGACGUCGGUCCUGCGCCCGACCAGAACCCUGACUCUGACGUUGGGUCAGAGCCUCAGAAACCCACAGGCCCGUCCCACGAGAUCACGCUUUACAUCGGCGCCGUUUCGUCAUUCCUCAAUGCCAUUUUCCACAACUCAAGCCUCAAAUCAUCAUUUGUUCGCGAUGGCGGUAUUGAGCUGCUUUUACAGUUGUCGGAGGUAGCCAGUCUUCCCGGCGAUUUUGAGACGACCAGCGCGUCGCGCUCGCUCGCCCACGCACUUGCCGCGGCGAUAGAGGCAAACUCGAUCCUCGGCCUCCCUUCUCUGCUCAACCGCAUCCACGCCGCCAUUGAUGACCUGGAACCGCUUCUGGGAAAGAAGGGGGCACAGCCCUUCUUUGCGCCCUUCGUCAUCGCCAAUCUCUCGUUGCAAAAUGACAAAGGAGAAUGGGACCAGGCCUUGGUCCGUAAAGUGGCCGGCGGCACUCGAGUUGUGAAGGCUUUGGUGAAAUUGCAGGUCUUGCUCAGGACUCUCUAUCAGAGUUUCCCGUAUUCCUCACGGCACGCAACGGUCUCGAUGCCGGCGGUCAAUGUUUAUGACUACUUGAUCUCCCUAGUCAACCGCCUCGGACCACUCCUGCGCGAUGCUGCCACGGAAGAUAUGGCCCUCGCUGCCCUCGUCCCGCAGCACUGGCUUGGGAAUCGAUCGUUUGCUGAGGAUACCGUGGAGACGACCCCUUCACUCCCCGCCCCUUCCGCGAAUGACGGCGACAAGUCCCAAGACGCCGGUGCCGCUCCCUCGGUGGGCAAGUCAGCAGAGAUUUCGGCGUCGCCUAAAGAGCCGACGAAAGAAGAACGUUCGACGACUCGGUUCCAAAACUAUUUCGUCAUCAGCCGCCUUCUCAAUUCCUUACCGCCCAGCACACUUCCAUUCUUCCAAACCAUUGGGAAAGUCUUGCUCCCCAGGCGAGGGCUCGACAACUACUUCAGAUCUCAUCACCUGAGCAUUGCACAGGCCUUGGCAGAAACGAUCCUCGAGCAGUUGAAUUUGCCAGAGGAGCAGAAGCUGGCGGUUCGGGACUUGCGAUACUGGGAUGUCAUGUUCGACGCACUACACCAAAUGCUGAUCGAUCCAACGCGCCAGCCGGAUCGCACAUCCGUCCAGCUGGUCUUGCCUGUUUUGGUGGCGUUCAAGGACCGCGGUGGUAUAGAGCUGAUGAAUAUAAUGCUUCAGAGAUUCGCUGAUGAACUGUGCAACGAGGGGCCUGAUACCAAGGACGCUCAAAAGCUACAAUUGAUCACGACUGGAAUGAAAAAGAUACUCGAUAUCUACCACGUUAUUGCUAACGGCAAGAACGUCUACGAGUCUCUCGGACAAGCCAGCUUGUUCCCCCGGUCCUCGGACAGGAGUAGAGACUUGGGGCACCAGCUCGUCGUGGAGUUGAGGUUGGCCAUUUUCCCGAUCGCCCAAAAGCUCUGGGAGUCAGACUUUGCCGAGAAGGCCCCGGCGCCAACUCUAAGCAAAAUCAUUGAUAUCAUCAAGACCAUUACAGUUGCCGACCAGGAGGCAAAUGCAUGGCGCAAAACGGACAAGAACUCGCCGAUUUCUUUGUUCAAGAACCGCGAGCUUGUCCGGUUCAACUGGGCUGCGCACCUCGGCCAUAUCAGGGAGCUGACCCAGUCGGGGUACGAUGAAGAGCUGGCUCGCGAAGCAGUCUAUCGCGCGAACGGAAAAACCGAUUACUCGGCAGAGUAUUGCCGCGGCCACUCUAAGGAUCUAGCCGGGAAGCGUAACCCCAUACCUGAGCAGGAUGCCUACCAGAGCCCGCCGUCGCCGCAAUCACAAGAGUCCUCCAAGGAGGCCACGGCUGCGCCUCCGGCCAACGCCCCGGUCGUGGAUCCCAUGUCCUUGGACUCGGUGAAUGAUUUCAUUCAAAAUGCGAUUGGUGAAGCCGAGGAACUUUCCUCCGAUGAGUCUCAAGAUGACAGCCAAGAUGACUCCAGUCAACAGUCGGCGAACCAAGAAGUACCUGGUCCUUCCUCAAUCCCAGCGCAUGACCCUGCCGCCCCAUCGAGUUCGUCUGCAGCAUCUUCCACACCGCCCACCGUCACGAAGGACGACCUCGACCGGAUGAGAGCCGAGAUGCAAAAUGACUCGAUCGGCCGCUGCCUGGAUGUUAUCAGGGCUCAUCCGGACUUGGUUUUCGAGGUUUGUGGCUUUAUACAAGCCGUCGUCCUUAAGUCGGACAACGAAGAAAAGGAGAUUGAGGUUGGCGAGGUCCUUGCGAAUGCUCUCAUGUCGUUCGCGCCGAAUGAUGAGGAAGAAAAGCGGGCAAACGGCCGUGGGAUUGCAGCGUUUGCCCACCUACUGUCACUCCUCCUCCAGGCCCGGUCAUUCUUCAAGGCUACUCUCCCAACCUUGAAGCAGAACAUCGGGGAGUACCUUGGAUUUUUGAAGGUUUCACCCACCGCGUCCCAGGAGGAACUCCCGUCGUGGAUUCCGUACAUACUUCUUAUCUUCGAAAUCCUCCUCUCGGACGACGAACAGCCGGUCGAGGUCGAAUGGAAAAUGCCAACCAAAGAGGACGAUGCCGUCGAGCCUCCAGUGUGGGUGGCCAAGGAUCUCAGCAUGUCAAGUGAGGACCGUUCCAACCUGUUGACCACAAUUUUGGACAUUCUUCCAAGAGUUGGCAAAGAAGAAGCUCUCGCAGUUUCUGUCCUUAGGAUCCUUGUGAUCCUUACCAGAGACCACGCGACAGCAAAAGUCAUGGGCGAGAAGCGAAAUCUUCAGCGGUUGAACCCUCGCGCUUAUCACGACCUUCAGAGCUACCUGAGGUACCUUUCCCAUGUGGCGCUCCGCUCACCGAAGCUCUUCGUCGAUGUUACGACAGACCUCGUGAAGCUAAAUAGCGGAUCAACGAUGUUUGACCCCGCCGUUCGCACUCACAGCUUGUCCCUCAAGGAUAAAGUUGCUGAUCAAGAGACCACCGCAAAGGAAGGAUCUGUCGGGCCUGCCGUGCAAGCGACCGAAGGUCUAACCAUCGACGAUGUCAAGCCAUCAACAGAAUCCGCAGAUAAGGAUAUGACAGACGUACCAAAGACCCCCUUUGAGUUGAAACGCCCUGUUCUCGAGAACCCCGACGGGGUGAUUCAUUUCUUGCUCUGCGAGCUUCUGAACUAUCGGGAGGUUGACGACAAGGAGCCGGCAAGCCAACCUUCGAAAGACUCUCCGGCGGAAGGCGAAUCCUCGAGUGCAAGCGGGGAGGCAACACCCUCCCCUGACCAGCAGACUCCUGAGCAGAAAGAUAAAGACAAGAAAGCCCUCAAGCCAGCUUUCAAGGCAGAGGACCACCCGAUUUUCGUCUACCGUUGCUUCUUGCUCAACUGCUUGGCGGAGCUCUUGCAGAGCUUCAAUCGUACAAAGGUUGAGUUCAUCAACUUCAAGCGAAGCGUACCGAUUCAGACGAACACGCCCAUCAAGCCUCGUUCAAGCGUCUUGAACUACCUUCUCAACGAUCUCCUCUGCCUCGGGCCCGCCGGUAUUCCGUUGGACUCGACCAUCAUCAAGAAGAAGGCCGCUACAUCGACUCACGCUCAGGCAGUGCUCGUGGCGUUGGUUUCCCGAACACCCGAAAAGCCCAUCGACCGCAACCGCAAUCAUUUUGAGUACGACGAGGACUCAGACCUUUUGUUUGUUCGCCGCUUUGUUCUUGAGACGGUUCUUCGCGCGUACAAGGAAGCCACUACUCCAGGGGACCCGAUCGAAGUGCGCUAUGGCAAGAUGAUGUGCGCUGCUGAACUGAUGAGCUUGAUGAUUGGCGAGAAGGAGAAGGAGAAUCAACCCAGAGAUGCCCGCGCAACGGAUCCAGCUCUCACCCGAUCCCAGAUGCAGCUCAAGCGCCUCAUGUACGAAAAGGGGUACCUCUCCACCUUGACUGCAUCUAUCGCCGACAUUGACCUCACAUUCCCCAACGUCAAGCGCACCAUCAAGUACAUCCUGCGUGUGCUUCGGGCCCUGACAAAGACAGCAUACCAGCUGAGUCAGUCAGACGUCAUCCCCAUGGCCACGACUGAUCAACCCGAGGAGGACUUUGCGUCGACGUCAUCUCUCUCCGAUCUGGAUGACGACCGUGAGGAGACCCCCGAUCUCUACCGCAACUCCACGCUCGGUAUCCUCGAGCCUGGACGCGAGGAGGAUUUCUCCGACGAGGACGAGGACGACGACGAUGCCAUGUACGACGACGAGCAUUAUGACGAUGAGAUGGAGUAUGGCGAGGAGAUGUCCCAGGAUGAUGAAGAAAAUCCUAGCGACGACGAUGAUGACGAGCUUGGCGGGAUGGGCCCUAUGGAAGGCCUCCCCGGUGAUCCUGGUGUCGUGGAAGUGAUCAUGGGUGAAAACGAAGACAUGGACGACGACAUGGAUGAAGACAUGGACGAGGAUGACGACGAAGAACCCAGCGAUGAAGACGAUGAAGAUGACGACGAUGAGGACGAGAUGGGCUCCGAGGAUAUGUUGGAGAUGGAAGACCGCAUUGAAAUCAUCGACGAGGAAGGAAAUCCCAUGGAUGAUGAGGGGGCAUCUGGCUGGGAGAGUGAUACUGACGAGGACGACGACGAAGGUGAACAGGACCUCGGAUUCGAACCGGGCGCAGCACAUGACAUCCAUGAUGCAUUCCUGCAUGGUCACGGACUCGAACAGCUCAGCCGUAUCCCUGAUAUUCUCCGAAACGUCGUUGACGGCGGCGAUGAUCUCGACGCCGAGGAUAUGCAGGAUCUUGAAGAACACUUCCUUGAUGAGGAUCGCGAAGAAGAUGAAGGCGAGGAGGAUGAAGUCUAUUACGACCCGAAUCAUCAUCACGAUGACCACCCACCUCCCAACAUGCCCUCGGGGCUCGGCUGGGAUAUUUCUCAGAUUGAGCCUCAUCACCGCCUUCGGCAUGGUGGUGCCCGGAGUCCUUUCCCUACUGCUCCGUUCAUGGGAGGACACCGCGACCCCCUGGGACCUGGUACGUCUGGCGAGGCCUUUCGCCGACAAGGUCGGCGGAGGGUGUUUAGUCUGGAGGAGGACUUCAACCGAGAUCCAGACGCUUUUAUAACUGGCUUGAUGUCGGUACUCGGUCAUAUCCCAUUCCCCGCCCGUGGUGGCCCUACUUUCAGCCUCCAGCUGAGAUCCGAAGGCCCGGCUGGCGAAGUUCGGCAGUUAAACAUUCCGGUAAACAUGGCACAGUCAGGGCGGGAGCCCCGAUGGGACCAGCGCCGCGAAGUGUACCAGGAGCCUCACCAUGCCGUCACUUUCUCCCCCGAGUCCACAGCCGAACGGUGGCAGGAGGAAGCCAAGAUGAUUUUUGGCUUCAACCACAAUGAAAAGUCCAAGCUACUUUCCACCGCAAUCCUAGGGAUGCUUACUCCGGCCGUCAUACAACGUGAGAAGGAAGCAAAGGCGCGGCAGGAGGAGAAGCGCAAGCAGGAAGAGGAACGCAAGAAGCGCGAGGAAGAGGAGCGCAAGGAGCGAGAGGCCAAGGAAGCCGAGGAGAAAGCCGAGAGGGAGAAGAAGGAGGCCGAAGAGCGUGCUCGGGAGGAACGGGAGCGAGCCGAGGCCGAAGCUGCACUCGCAGCGGAAGAGGAAAACGCCGUUGCGGAGGCCGCCGUCGAGGAGCCCCAGGCUAUGGAAGGGGUCGAGUCUCACACAGAGCUCCAGGAGGCCGAACUGCAACCGAUUCCGGUGGCGGAACGUGUCGUCACCACUAUCCGCGGCGAAACCGUGGAUGUUACGGAACUCGGCAUCGACCCUGAAUAUCUUGCAGCGCUACCGGAAGAAUUCAGGGAAGAAGUCAUUGCCCAGACAGUCAGCUCCCGGCGCUCUCUGGCUAGAGAGCAAGCGGCCAGCGAGGGAGAGAAUACCGAAGUUUUCCAAGAGUUCCUCGAGGCACUACCGGCGGAACUUCGUAUGGAGAUUGUUCAGCAGGAACGCCAGGAACGCCGUCGCCGCGACCGUGAGGACCAACGGAGAGAGGCCACGGCUACUGGCCAGGACCUUGGGCCCGUGGAGAUGGAUACGGCUAGCAUCUUGUUAACCUUCCCGCCUGCUCUUCGAGAACAGGUUCUACUAGAACAAGGCGAAGACAUCAUGGACCAACUGCCGCCCGAGCUCGCCGCCGAGGCUCGUGCCAUUGCUCAGCGACAUAAUAUACAUCGCGUCCCGCCCGCAGGGGCCCGUCCCCGGGAAGCUGCGCGUCGUCCCGAUGCGGUCGUCGAAACGAAGCCACAGCGGCGUACCAUCGUGCAGAUGCUCGACAAAGCGGGCGUUGCCACACUUCUCCGGCUCAUGUUCAUUACCCAGCAGAGCUCCAUUCGAAACUACCUUUUCGAUGUUUUUGCGCACGUUUGCGAGAAUCGCCAGAACCGUUUAGAGGUUAUCUCUACCCUCCUUCAGAUCCUCCAGGACGGCAGCACCGAUAUGGACGCCGUCGAACGCAGUUUCGGCCAACUAUCUCUGAAGGCGAAACAACCCAAGGACAAGGACCCCAAGACCCCCCAGAGCCUCAAACGGACAUUCACCAACACAGCCCCAAGCAACCAAAUGUCUGGCAAUUCAGAGGUCUCCCCGCUGUUGAUCGUCCAACAAUGCCUUGACCUUUUGCAGGAGCUCGCGACCAAAAACCCCCAUGUUCCGUCCCUGUUCCUGACGGAGCACGAAACUGUCGCUUCGACUCUCAAACGGAGCACGAGCCGCAAGGGCAAGGGCAAAGACGUCAAUGCUAAGGCCCAGAAGUACGCCAUCAACUCACUCCUGGGCCUCCUUGAUCGAGAUCUCAUCAUGGAGAGCUCAUCGGUCAUGCAACUUCUCGCGGAUUUGCUCAACAAGGUUACGUAUCCGCUGCAGGCUCUCGAGCGGCGGCGUAAGGAGGCUGAAGAGGAAUCCAAGAAAAAGGCCGAAAAGAAGGCCGAGGAGAAACCCGAGGAGAAAUCAGAAGAGAAGCCUGAGGCGAGCGCUGAAGCUGCUCAACCUUCCGAAGAGCAAGCGUCUACGGCGCAGGGUGCAGAGCCAUCCGCCGUGACCUCAACGGAAGAACAAACAACGGCCGACAACAAGGAGCAGCCCGAAGCGGAAAGCUCGGCGACCAAGGAACCCAAGGUUGAAGAGAAGAAGGUCCGGCAGCUCACUCCGCCCACGAUCCCCGAUCACAACCUGAAGAUGGUUAUCAAUGUCUUUGUUGCACGGGAAUGCAGCUCCAAGACCUUCCAAAACACCAUUUCGACCAUCAAGAAUCUCUCCAACAUCCCGGGUGCUAAGAAGGUGUUUGGCGGAGAGCUCGUCGCCCAGGCUCGGAUCUUGAGCGAGAAUAUUGUAUCCGACCUUGAGGAUCUGCUUCCGCAUAUUCUCCGGGCGGAGUCGGGAACCGAGAUUCAAGGAAUUGCCCUCGCCAAGUUCUCACCUGGCGCAUCGGAGCAAAACAAGCUGUUGCGUGUCCUGACUGCGCUGGAUCACCUGUUUGAUACCAAGGGCAAGAAAUCAAACAGCGGUGCAGAAGGCAGCGAGGCUACGGACGAGACUAAGGAGGAUCUUCUCGGCUCGCUCUACUGGAACCCAACGUUCGGGACCAUGUGGGACAAAUUGAGUGCUUGCCUUGGCGCGAUUCGUCAGCGGGAGAGCAUGCUGAACGUAGCAACGAUCCUAUUGCCGCUAAUCGAGUCUCUGAUGGUGGUCUGCAAGAACACGACGCUAAACGAGGCGUCUACCUCCCAGGCCGCGGCCGCGAAGGAGAUGCUGUUGACUAGCCCGCCGCCGGACAACCGCAUUGCAAGCUUGUUCUUCACGUUUACGGAAGACCAUCGGCGUAUCCUCAACGAGCUUGUGCGGCAGAACCCCAAGCUCAUGUCGGGAACGUUCUCUCUUCUCGUCAAGAACCCCAAGGUGCUCGAGUUCGACAACAAGCGGAACUACUUCAACCGAAGCGUGCAUGCGAAGACCGGCCAGCAGCAGAGGCCGCAGUACCAGCCAUUGCAAUUGUCGGUGCGCCGCGACCAAGUUUUCCACGACUCGUUCAAGUCGCUCUACUUCAAGUCAGGCCCGGAGAUGAAGUUCGGCAAGCUCAACAUCCGCUUCCACGGCGAGGAAGGCGUCGAUGCUGGUGGUGUCACACGCGAAUGGUUCCAGGUGCUCGCCCGCCAGAUGUUCGACCCCAACUAUGCACUUUUCAUCCCGGUAUCUUCUGACCGCACCACAUUCCACCCGAACAAGCUCAGUGGCAUCAACGAUGAGCAUUUGAUGUUCUUCAAGUUCAUCGGACGGAUCAUCGGCAAGGCUCUGUACGAGGGCCGGCUCCUUGAUUGUUACUUCAGCCGUGCGGUCUACAAACGCAUCCUCGGCAAGCCAGUGUCGGUCAAGGACAUGGAGUCGUUCGAUCCAGACUACUACAAGUCUCUUGUUUGGAUGCUCGAGAACGACAUUACCGACAUCAUUGUCGAGACCUUUUCGGUGGAGGAUGACGAGUUCGGCGUGACCAAGGUCGUGGAUCUCAUUGAAAAUGGCCGCAAUAUCCCGGUCACGGAGGACAACAAGCACGAAUAUGUGCGCCUCAUCGUGGAGCACAAACUGCUCUCCUCGGUUAAGGAGCAGAUGGAGAACUUCCUGAAGGGGUUCCAUGAUAUCAUCCCUGAGGAUCUCAUCGCCAUCUUCACCGAGCAGGAGCUAGAGCUGCUUAUUUCUGGCUUGCCGGACAUCGACGUCGACGACUGGAAGAGCAACACCGAGUACCACAACUACACGGCGGCCUCCCAGCAAAUCCAGUGGUUCUGGCGGGGCGAGCUGGAAGGUAUGAACGGCGUCAACCGGUUCAACAUCCACCGCGACUACGGCAACAAAGAGCGCCUACCCAGCUCCCAUACUUGCUUCAACCAACUCGAUCUUCCCGAGUAUGAAAGCUACGACAUUCUGCGAAGCCAACUGCUCAAAGCCAUCACCGCUGGCAAUGACUACUUUGGCUUCGCCUAA